AGGUUCGCGAAGGCAAACGGCUCAGGUUCGCACAUGUCUUCUUGCACGGCACGACGAGGAAUACGAGUCGUCGCAGCUCGUGUGGAGCGUGUCGUGCCACUCACGGGGCGCCUGACGCAUACCGUAGACAGACGCCUAACGGUGCAGACGCUGAGCAUGAACCUAUCCAGCGAUAGGUCCGCGCCUCGAACCAGAAACGUCCAAGGCAGAGUCGGCGGGCUGAAACCGGAGCGAGACAAACUCAGAACGCGGGGGACGGAAACGCUGACGCCACACACAACGUCGCGUCAGUUUUCCCCAUCUCCCCCAGUUUGGGAGGUUAAGUGCGAUGGAUUGGGAUUGGGUGGAUCGGAUCAUGGACGAGUGGCAAAGAUUCAUGAAUGGUGAGGAAGAGGGUGGGAUCGAGGAGGAUCCACCCAGCAGUGUGCCCCCGGCAGUUCGCCCACGCGCUUCGACGCCUCCACGCACUGCCACGACAAGGCCAGCAGCUCCAAAUGCGGCGCCGUCUACACCAGUGCUCCGCAGUAGGCGGGGUCACCACGCUGCCUCACCUCGCCCGUUGUCCAGCCGCCGUCGCCUGGCCGACUUCACCAAUCUCCCACGCUAAACGGGCACGGCCCGUGCCAUGCAGCGGGAAACCCCCCAAACUUCCCUUUCGGCCCCCACGCCUCGCCGGCGCUAAACCAGCAGCAACCCCGCCUACUCUUUAGCCCCCCUCCCUCAGUCUGACGGGCCAAAGUCACGCAUGUUGGCUCCAAGCCAUGGUUCCUCUCAGACCACCCACUCUGCUGCAUAUACGUUUUUUGGCGUGCUGGUUCUGCAUGCCUAGUCCUAGUGGUUUUAGAUGAACCUAGCGUAUGUUUACUUGCAAGGCAUACAGUGCACUGCGUCCAAUACGUACAUGACACAUCCCGUCCAACUGGAUGUUGCACCAACAUGUGUCUCUUGUUGGCCACUACCAGCCAUGUAUAUGCAUGACUGAAUAUGG